AUGAAUACUGCCAGAUAUUUGGCGAACAACGACGCGCCCGACCUCAUCCUUCUCGACGCGAUGAUGCCCGGUAUGAGCGGAUACGAAGUAGCUCGAAAACUCCGGGAAGACUUUCCACCACAGCUCCCCAUUAUAAUGAUCAGUGCCAAGUCCACUACGGAGGACGUCGUCAGAGGUCUCGGAUUCACUUGCAACGACUAUCUCACAAAGCCGUUUGUGAAGGAAGAAGUCCUGGCCAGAAUAGAAACUCAAGUAAACGUGCACGGCGUUAGCGGCUGGGCCGAGGCUUGGACCGUCAAGUUGAAGACCGAACGCGCUCAGAAGACUGCUCACAAUGCGGCUGUCUUCAAGUUCCUUUUGGGCAGUGGGCUUGCCGAGAAGUAUCUGGGGUGCAUUGACGAGGCUGGGGUGUUGAGCCCACACAGAGUCGGCCUAGAGACUGCUGUUGAUCUGUAUGGUAUCGCUACUGCUACUAUGGGGGAGUGGAUUCAAUUUGAGAAGAUGCUGCUACCGUCAGACGAGAGAUCCCGAGGACGCCCUCAACUGGUCCACGCCAACCAGCAUAUGUGUGCUCUCUUCUCUGGCUGGCCUCAGCAUGCCGUCGACGCCCUCCGCUUCGCGGACGCCUAUCUUGACGCGUUGAAGGCUGACUCGACUUUCGCUCGUGUUGAAGUCAAAAUAGUCCUUCACAGUGUGUCGGAGUCUGAUGAACCUCUGAUCGCGGGGGUGGUCGGGCCUGUCCUCAUCGGCAACGCAGUGCGGUUGUGCAAGUACAUUCUGGAUGAGGUCCCUCCAGUAGCGUGUGGUGCCCACGGCUGCGUCCUUGUCACUGCUGCUUGUCUUGAGGCGCACGGGGAAGAGCAACCGCCACGAAGCCAUCUGAUCGACUAUGGGGAGGUUAUCAGAGUGAACAGCAAUGGGGACAAGCCGCCUGAGAGGGUUGAGGAAUACAAUGCAACUACUGGAGGGCACAGGCUUGCCAGUCCGAUUGGCCUAGAGGCAGCGCCCUCUCCUGAAGAUGGGGCCAUAGAGGCGGAAAUUGCCGAGUCGGGACGGUUGUCCGACGAGCACGAGCUGAGAGAUAGAGGCCCGACAGUCCCUAAGAGCAGCUUGCAUAAAGUAUGA